AUGUGUGGCAUUCUCGCUCUGAUACUCGCCAACACCUCGGCCACCAAUGCUGCGGUCGACCUCCAUGAAGCUCUGUAUCUCCUCCAACAUCGUGGGCAGGAUGCAUGCGGGAUCGCGACAUGCGCAACAGGAGGACGGAUAUACCAAUGCAAGGGAAAUGGCAUGGCCGCCAAAGUUUUCCACGAGGGCGCAAGAGUGAUUGACCUUCCAGGCUUCAUGGGCGUUGGACAUCUGAGAUAUCCCACGGCUGGCAGCAGUGCAAAUGCCGAGGCCCAGCCGUUUUAUGUCAACAGUCCCUAUGGAAUCUGUCUGGCACACAAUGGCAAUUUGAUCAAUGCACCAGAAUUGAAACGUCACCUGGAUUUGGAAGCACACAGGCACAUCAAUACCGACAGCGAUAGUGAGCUCAUGCUCAACAUUUUCGCCAACGAGUUGAACGAGACCGGCAAAGCUCGUGUGAACGAUGACGACGUGUUUGCUGCUCUGAGCAGAAUGUACGAGCGAUGUAAGGGUGGCUGGGCAUGUACCGCUAUGAUCGCAGGCUACGGUCUCAUCGGCUUCCGUGAUUCAUUUGGUAUUCGUCCAUUGAUCUUGGGCUCUCGUGACUCUGUCGAUGGCCCGGGCAAGGACUACAUGAUGGCGUCUGAGUCUGUAGCUCUCGCACAGCUAGGAUUCGAUGUCAUCCGUGACGUGCUUCCAGGCGAGGCUGUCAUCAUCCAGAAGGGCCACGAACCGCAUUUCCGGCAGGUUCAGGAGCGGAAAGCAUAUGCUCCGGACAUUUUCGAGUAUGUGUAUUUUGCUCGACCCGAUUCAGUCAUGGACGGGAUCAGUGUGCACCGCAGCCGUCAACACAUGGGUGCCCGGCUCGCUGCCCAGGUCAAACGAGAGCUUAGUCCCGAGGAUCUCAGGGAUAUUGACGUGGUUAUUCCAAUUCCAGAAACCUCGGUCACAUCAGCGUCGGUCGUGGCCAAGGCACUGGACAAAGAGUACUGUCAAGGAUUUGUCAAGAAUCGAUAUGUUUUCCGAACUUUUAUUAUGCCUGAGCAGAAGGCCCGACAGAGGGGUGUUAGGCGGAAGUUGAACGCAAUGGCCAUGGAGUUCAAGGGUCGAAACGUUCUGUUGGUGGAUGACAGCAUUGUGCGAGGUACCACGAGCCGUGAGAUCGUGACCAUGGCCCGAGAAGCUGGCGCCAAAAAGGUGCACUUUGCCAGCUGCGCUCCUCCAAUCGCCUAUCCUCAUAUCUACGGAAUUGAUUUGGCAUCGCCUAUGGAGCUGGUUGCACACAAGUACAAUGGGCCCGAGGCCAUCGCCAAGCACAUCGGUGCCGAUAGUGUGGUCUAUCAGACGCUGGACGAUCUGAAAGCUGCCUGUGUCGAUGCUGCAAAGGAGGCCCAUAGCCGAGACGCCCCGCAGAACUUCGAGGUCGGUGUAUUCUGCGGCAAAUACAUCACACCAGUGGACGAAGACUAUUUCGUGCAUUUGGAACAGGUCAGAGGACAGACUCGAAAGAUGAAAGUUAUGGAUCAGGCGAGGCAAGCUGUUGCACAAGGCGUGGCAGGAGAGGACCAGAUCCGGCUCGCUACCAAUGGGGCCAUUGUGAACCACGAUGGCAAAGUGGUCCCGGCCGUCAACGGCGUCGAGCGGAAACCAUCGACCCAUGGUGCUGAGUCCGUCCCACAGCAGCCUGAGAAGUCUGAAGCUUCAAAUGGUGAAAACCAUGCUGUGCGUGACCGGAUGGACAUCAGUUUGCAUAACCUAGGAGAUUUUCCAUCCUCAUGA